AGUGGUUCCGGCUCGGCUUCUGCCGCCCCUAGGCUCCUCGCCUUCCCCCUCCCCUCCCACACCUCUCCUCCCUCGGGUUCCUGGGAAAGAGAGAAGCCACCACUGCGGGUGGGUAGAAAAGCGCUUGGCUCUUCUGGGAGGGGACCGCGCCCGCCCCUUCUGAGCUCGGGAGCGCCGCCAGACCAGGUUACAAAAUAUCCUCCUAUGAUUGAGAUCUACAGACUACAUGUCCUACAAGAGCAAUCCAAUGGUUUUUCAUCCUUUGAAGAUACAUUAGGAACAUAAAUAUGGUGCCAAAAGAAGUUCUUGCCUUUCUCUGACUACGGUUUAUUUGGACAUACUUUUGUAUUGAAGAGAGGUAUACAGCCGGAGGCUACUCAUUGUGGAGAGACUCUGUCGUGUAGGAUAAUGGACCAUCCCAGUAGGGAGAAGGAUGAGAGACAGCGGACCACUAAACCCAUGGCACAAAGGAGUGCACACUGUUCCCGACCAUCUGGCUCCUCAACAUCCUCUGGGGUUCUUAUGGUGGGACCCAACUUCAGGGUUGGCAAGAAGAUAGGGUGUGGGAACUUCGGAGAACUCAGAUUAGGUAAAAAUCUCUACACCAAUGAAUAUGUAGCUAUCAAACUGGAACCAAUAAAAUCACGUGCUCCACAGCUUCAUUUAGAGUACAGGUUUUAUAAACAGCUUGGCAGUGCAGGUGAAGGUCUCCCACAGGUGUAUUACUUCGGACCAUGUGGGAAGUACAAUGCCAUGGUGCUGGAGCUCCUCGGCCCUAGCUUGGAGGACUUGUUUGACCUCUGUGACCGAACUUUUACUUUGAAGACUGUGUUAAUGAUAGCCAUCCAGUUGCUUUCUCGAAUGGAAUAUGUGCACUCAAAGAAUCUCAUCUACCGAGAUGUCAAGCCAGAAAACUUCCUGAUUGGCCGACAAGGCAAUAAGAAAGAGCAUGUUAUACACAUUAUAGACUUUGGACUGGCCAAGGAAUACAUUGACCCUGAAACCAAAAAGCAUAUACCUUAUAGGGAGCACAAAAGUUUAACUGGAACUGCAAGAUAUAUGUCUAUCAACACGCAUCUUGGCAAAGAGCAAAGCCGGCGGGAUGAUUUGGAAGCCCUAGGCCAUAUGUUCAUGUAUUUCCUUCGAGGCAGCCUGCCCUGGCAAGGACUCAAGGCUGAUACAUUAAAAGAGAGAUAUCAAAAAAUUGGUGACACCAAAAGGAAUACUCCCAUUGAAGCACUCUGUGAAAACUUCCCAGAGGAGAUGGCAACCUACCUGCGAUAUGUCAGGCGAUUAGACUUCUUUGAAAAACCUGACUAUGAGUAUUUACGGACCCUCUUCACAGACCUCUUUGAAAGGAAAGGCUACACCUUUGACUACGCCUAUGAUUGGGUUGGGAGGCCUAUUCCUACUCCAGUAGGGUCAGUUCAUGUAGAUUCUGGUGCAUCUGCAAUAACUCGAGAAAGUCACACACACAGGGAUCGGCCAUCACAACAACCUCUACGAAAUCAGACUGCAUCAUCAGAGCGCCGAGGAGAGUGGGAAAUCCAGCCCAGCCGGCAGACCAAUACCUCGUACCUGACGUCUCACUUGGCUGCAGACUGCCAUGGGGGAUCAGUGCAGGUGGUUAGCUCAACCAAUGGAGAGCUGAAUGUCGAUGACCCCACGGGAGCUCACUCCAAUGCACCAAUCACAGCUCACGCCGAGGUGGAAGUAGUGGAGGAAGCUAAGUGCUGCUGUUUCUUUAAGAGGAAAAGGAAGAAGACUGCUCAGCGCCACAAGUGACCAGUGCCUCCCAGGAGUCCUCAGGCCCUGGGGACUCUGACUCGAUUGCACCUGCAGCUCCUGCCAUUUCUCAUUGGAAAGGACUCCUCUGCUGGGGAGGGUGGAGAUCCAAACCAAAAAGAAAACGGAUGCCCCCAGAAGGAGCCAGUGUGGGCAGCCAGGGCCCAGUGGGUCAGUGGCUGUCCCUACCUGCCUAAGGCUCUGAGCAGGUCCCAGAGCUGCUGCUCCUCCACUGCUUGCCCUUGGGGCCACCUGGUUGACUCUCCUUCCUAUUGUUUACAGUGAAGGUGUCAUUCACAAAAACUCAAGGACUACUAUUCUCUUCCCUCCCCUUAGUUUACUCCUGGUCCUUGCCCCACCCUCAACCCUCUCCAGCACUAAAGCUAGUGAGUUGAAGGCUUUGUCUGCUGAAGGAACUCAAGAGGCUGGGGGUGUGGCCAAGAAGGUAGGAGGAAGAUGGCAGGCCUGAGCUGGAGAAGGACCUUCUCUACCUUCCAGGGGUAUCUGGCAGUACGGCUUCCUCUUCCUCUGUGCCUGCGCAGCCUCCAUCCCCAACUGGCCACGGGGUGCAGGUUACUCCCUCCCUCCCUCCUGUGAAGUUACACUGUAGGACACAAGCUGUGAGGAAUCUGCAGUCUACUGUCCCUGUGUGUUGGCAUUCUUAGCUUUCUUGACAAGCGAACUCUAUUCUCCAGUCAGUAGUAGAACAAUGCAAAUUGUUCUGAGAAAAGGAAAAAAAACCUGACUUUAUUGCACUUUUAGUUUUUUGUUUUUGUUUUUUUAACAGAAAACAUGGCAGAUGCAUAUUGUGUCUGGUUAUAUUGGGAGUUUUACUUUUUUUCUGUUUUGAGGGGGAUGGGGCCAGCCAAGCCAUUCAGAGAGAACAUGGGUCCAGAGGACAUUCUCAAUGGAAAGAGUUGGGUCUGCAACACCCAGAAGAGAAGAAGCCAAACUCCAUGUCAUUCUGAGAAACACUCAGGUUGGCAAGGAAACAUACUUGAAUUUUCAUUCAUCUUCUCAGCUACUGAAGAAUGUCCCUACCAGAGCCUCUUGACCUCAUCAGCCUGCAGUUUGGACAGCCUAGCUCUCCAGCACAUGGGAUGAACCAGCCAAGCCAGACUGUGACCAGGAGACAGUUCAUCCCAGAGAAGGAGAUAACUUUUAAAAAUCUGAAACAUCUGUUUCCUCCACUGCCAGGGACUUCCAACUAGAUAGCCAUGUGAUUUCCUUAGUGACUUUGGGGAACAAAAUUAGUGAUGAAACCGCCACCAUCAUAUUGCCACUAGUGGACAAAAAGAGGAGGAAAGUGAACCUGCCUUCCAGCUGCCAAAGGAAACUCAGGAUUUGGCAUCAUAGGGCCAGGAAAUAAAAUUGGUAUGUACUGUCUGCCCCAGUAGCUGAGUUAGAGCAUUUGGGCUGGCCUGCCUUAUCAGAAACCAGGCACCUGCAGAUUUUCUCCUAGCAGGUCCACAGCAGCAGGCUUAGGACUCACUACAUGGGGCUGGAGUGAACAGGAGGGUAAGAUUAGUUGGUGCUGGAAAAUUCCAGGGGAAAGGAGACUGAAAUAAAAGCUCUGAAAUUAUCCUCUCAAUUGGAUAUAGACUCCUUCCAAAUAAGAUGGCCAUUCAUCUAGAGCAUGUUCUCCCAGUAUACUCUCUGCCUCUACACCACCACCAUGGUAUAGUCACAUGACAUACUGCCAUGAAGAGUCUUGGUUCCUCAUUCACUGCUUUAAAAAUUAUUAAUGUAUGGAGUUCAUCUUGUGCUCAGUUUUCAUUUGAGUUCAGUGGCUUAUCCAAACAGUGCUCUCUCAUUCCAUAUGUGAUAGAGAAAGGAUUGUUUACAUCAGGGAAUGAGGUCUUAUAUCUGGAAGUAGAGAGAGCUAAGCUUGGAGGACAGUGGCUGGUGACUUAGUCUGGUGGUUCUGGGAACACAGAAAUCAUUGCCUCUGACUUGAGGUGUAGGGCUGUCUUUUGGACUAGAGGGUGUGGGGAUACUUUUUGUAGUUGGCAUUUCCUGACAAGUCCCUUGAUGAAUGGAGCAGAAAUAGCAGUAGCAUAAAACAGUUACUGGGUUUCCCCUGUUCCAUCAGGCCUUGCCAGGAAAUAUCAUUUCCCUCGCUUCAAACUUGCUUAGCUUAUAUAAAGAUUGUAAUCUUCCAUUUCUUUAAGAGAAAUUUUCCUGUAUACAAAACUAAGUGGCUGGGAGACUCAGUGUCACACCCCUUCCCCACAAGGAUUUUGAAUAUUGGGAUUUGUUUCCUUGACAUUAUCUAGUGGUUAAGGUAUAAUCACUGAAAUUUACAUAGUUUCUCAGUUGGUAUUGAGGCAACACUAACUUCCUAUAUAGAAACUUUCUCAUACCUGUAUAGAAAAAGCCUUGCCUCUCAAGGGAGGGCAAGGGGAAAUGGUGGCAGAACCUGGAGCCUCUUGGCACUCCACACCCCACUAAGUGCCUCCUCACCCCCUGCUUCCACAAAAAAAAGCAAAGGCAGUGACCAGCUUGGCUGCAAGGCAGGCAGCUGGGUUUGUGACUUUUUUGGUCUUAAUUUUUUUUUAAGACUAGCUCUUGAGGGUGUGAACCUGAACAGUUUUGGGGGUCCCUCCUAAUGCACUGUUUUCACUCUGCCCCCUACAAUCUCUUGCUAGCUAUUUGAUUUUCAUAACAAAGGUGAAAGCCCUGGGUCCCUCUGUCCUGCAGGGUAAUGGUGAUCCUUCCAAGGUCAUUGGCUCUCCAAGGCAGUCCCAGACCCUUGAGAAAUUCAAUUGUGAUUUUCGUUAAAAUUUUAAAAAUGAGUACCUAAGGAGUAAUUUGGCCAUCAGUUCCAUCCCCACCUGCAUAUCAGGGCUCCCUCCUCUACUCUGUUGCUAUAGUUGCUUAGCCAGGGCCUUGGGGUUGGGCACUCCCUGCAACCACCACCUACCCAAAUCCACUUGCUCUGUAGUUUUUGAGCUUUCUUCAUUUUACGACCUAGGGAUCUUUUUCUUUUGGACUGAUGCAAUUGUUUCUGAGUUAGCAUUAAGCACUAACAGCAUCUGUUCAUGAAAAAAAGAAAAAAGUAGUAUUAUACCAUUGGGAGUUCUCCCAAGCCCUGCAGUCUUUAAGCAUUGCAUCCUGAGCAGAUUGAGGCAAGCAGGUCAAAAUCCACCAAGGCAUAAAGGGUCUUUCCCUUGUGACCAGAGCAUGACUUGUGUCUACGAAGUCUAAGCAUGUAAGGGUUGAUCACUUGCUAUACACACCUUGGUGUUUCCCAGUGAUCUCACUCCAGACUGGUCUGCAAGGAUGGGUGCCAGCAGCAGUGUGCUUUUGUGACUGCCUUAACACCUGCUUGCAAUUUUGGGUCUGUCUAGGAGUAAAAAGGUCUAGAAAGGUACAAGUCAGGUGACUAAGUUGGCCUCCAGUUAAAGCUCCAUUUUACUUCAGAAUGCAGGGGCAAUAGGAGACAGCAGGAUCCUGGGUUUGCUGCAGAAGUGUUAGUGCCUAUUAAUUCUCAGUGAACUCCAGCUACAUAGAAACAGCCCCUGCCAUUAGCCAGAAGAGGUGUCCUUUGCCUCUAUAGUAACGUCCAUCUCAGUUCACUGGAAAUGUACUCUGGUGGUACAUGUUCAGUGUUGAUUCUCAGUGUUAGUAAUCACUUUCAAUGUUAGGAAUAUGCAGUGAUGGUGAUGUUAUGUCAGAGUGGUUACUAAAGAUCAUGGCCUUAACUUUUUAUGCAAAAGAUAUAACCCCCUCUCAGUGAGCAAGCAUGGCCUGCAUUUUUCAAAAAUAAGUACUUCCAUGGCAGCCUAGAAAGCAUCUUCUCAAAAGAACUUCAUCAUUCUGAUGCAUCUCUACCCGUGUCCCAGUUACCUCUUCCCUAUUCAUAGUUAAACCUGUUUUCCAUUCCCAGUGAGUUGCCCUGACGUUAUUUCCAGUGUCAAAGCCACCACGUUAAGGCUAGUUUCUCAGACUGGGUGGGAGCCUGCAGCGCCAUAUAUAGCCAACAUUGCUUUUGCCAGUUCACUGCCGCCAUCCCCACCAUUGCCCCAAGGUGGGAAAAUUUCAGAAGCCUUUAGGGAGCCAGGAUAACUAGGCACACCGUCUGGAUUGGCCUGUAAGUAACAGGCAGUUGUCUCUGGGAUUCUUGCUUUUGCCUAUACCAGGGCUUCAGGCAAGUACCUUCCAGAGGUUGAUGGACAGUGACACUCAGUCUUCCCCAUAAUGGGAUGGUAGGAAUCACAAUAGGAUUCCUAUGGUUUUGUUUUCUUGGGUUUUCUUUUGGGGGGUGGGAGGAAUGUAUCUGAAUAAGAGGAAAUCUGUGCCCUUCUGAGGACUUGCAGAGUUUUGAGCAAUUUUUAGCCACAAAUAAGAAAUCUUGGAAGUCUGGUUAAGCAGUCUUAAGAACACGUGUGCCCUAACUCCUUUUGCAGGUGACUGAGUGCAAAAGAGUAGAUUUCUUCGUUGUAUUCAAAAUAGUAAGUAGGUUCCCUGGAUAUAGACAGUAGUAGACGACAUAUUUCCUCAUAAACAACCAGGAACUCCACUCCAGUAUUUGUAGAUCAGCUUACAAAGGAAAAAGUGAACGUGUACUCCAUAUAUUUCUAGUUUGAUUACCAAACUUGAUGUUAUUCCGUAACCUCAGUUCAGUGGACAGUUUCUUUUAUUAGUUUCCUUUAUUACUCACAAUCAUCUUUCUGGUGCCAUCACCACCUUCAAAAUCUCAGCGCACAGAGUUAUCCAUGGUAAUAAAGGGAGGUGCAGUGCAGUCAUCCCAGUAACACACACGAGAGGACAGCUGUCCUGACUGCCUCUCCCCACACAUCCCCUCCUCCAGGGCAGCUGAGGCAUUUUCAGUGUUCCUCUUCAUGAGCUCCAGACCAAAUCCCAGGCCAGCCCUUGCACGGAAAGCUUUUUUAAGAGGCUUAUCAAUUUGUUAGGAAUGUCUCAGGAAAGAUGAGCCAUUUCUUUGGGGGGAAAUAUAUUUACAGAUGGUUGUGUGUGAUUGCAUUUGUAUGCUUGUAUGUGUGUGCUCAUUCGUGUGUAUUUCACUUCCAUAAAAACUCAGCCCAGGCUGCUGGGACCAUGUGUUUCUGAAUAUUCUAGGAAGCAAACAGGUAACAAGUGAGCUUCUCAAAUUAGUGUCACAGCAAGCUGACUCUGGGAAUGAGCCCCAUUUAUCAAUCAGAAGAAUAAACAGCAGAAAAGAUAGGAUGAAACCAAAAAUACUAUAAACCCCCCAAUGGAAAAUAAUGUUGAUUCAUCAAUUCCCAUUGGAUAUAUUACAUGCUCUAAUUUAUUAUAUUAUUUUGUUUGUUUCUUUAAUCUUUGCCCAUUGUACUUUUAAAAAGAUGUUGGGAUGUUGAUUGCAAUUUUUUAAGACUAGAUAAUGUAUAAAUCAGCUGUGGAAAUCAGUUUUAAUUGAUGUGUGGAUGUGUCUGAUCAUUGUUAAAUGCCUUAUGUUUUUUUUAACCUGUUGUUUUAGAUGUGUAAUGUUUCAUAAACCCUGGCACUGGUCACAAAGCUCAGCUGUGAAAUGAAACUUGUAGUAUUUUUAAACAUGAAUGUCAAUUUCAAGUGUAUUUGAAAUGAUUCCUCCAGGAGAGAGAUUUGUGACAUCAUUAGGAAAAACUCCUCUGCAGAGGAAGUAGCCUUCUUUGGAGAAAAUGGAAAAUGGGUCUUGCUGUGUUAUCUCAAGUAGCCCAUUUCCUAGGGCACCAUGGAAAACACAAAUGUGAUCUUUAAGUAUACCUCUUCCCCAAUUUGGGGAGGAACGGAUUCAGUUUGCACCCUUUUUGUAUGUAAAAUAAAAUGUCUUACCUUUCUUGGCUAA